CGAGGGCAUUUCGAACAUAGACGUCGCGAUGUGCUGUCGCUGCUGUGGUGUGACCCAACAAAAGGUCUGGGUCUUUGGCUCUGGAACACUGUUUGCCCUAUUGGGUCUCUUUUUCAUCAUAUGGUGGCCCGGUAUUAUCGAUAAUAUAAUAAUGAAGUCUCUGCCGCUGACGCCCACAUCGAAAACAUUUAGUAAAUGGGAAGAGUUGCCCAUACCAAUUUAUAUGAAAAUGUAUCUGUGGAACUGGACGAACGCGGACGAAGUAAGGGUACAUGGCGUUAAGCCAAAUUUCGAACAAGUCGGACCCUAUGUUUACCGGGAAGAGCGCCUGAAAAUGGAUUUGCAAUGGCAUGAGAACAACACAGUUACCUUCAAGCCACGACGCACCUGGUUCUGGGAGGAGGAAAUGUCCGGUGGCAAGCAAACAGACCUGGUCACAGUACCUCAUCUGCCAUCGAUUGCGGCGUCGGCUUCCAUGCGUAAUAUUCCCAAACUAAUUAAGGCAGGUUUUAACUCUGCACUCAAUGCCAACGGCGGUGCACUGUAUGUGACCCACACGGUCAGUGAGUGGCUGUUCGAUGGAUUCUACGAUGAGUUUUUGCAUUAUGCCAUGACCUCGAAAAAUCCUUUGGCUCCGGUCAUUGAGACGGAUCAAUUUGCCUGGUUUCUGAAUCGAAACAAUUCCGAAAACUUUGAGGGGGCCUUCACAAUUCACACGGGCGUUGGCGAUAUCAAAGAAAUGGGCGAAAUCAAAUUCUGGAAUGGCCUCAACCAUACGGGCUGGUAUGAAGGCGAAUGUGGACGCCUCAAUGGCAGCACCUCAGAUCUCUUUGUGCCCGAUGAGCCGAAGGAAAAGGCGCUUACUAUAUACAUAACUGACACCUGUCGUAUUAUCAAUUUGGAGUAUUCGGGUCAGAGCUACGAGAUUGAAGGCAUUCAGGGCUGGAAGUACGAGGUGACGCCCAACACCUUUGAUAAUGGACAACGAAAUGGAGAUAUGAAAUGCUAUUGCCCCGUCGACAAGCAGCCCAACAAUUGUCCACCCUCCGGCGCUACUGACUUAGGUCCUUGUGGCGAUGGGGCACCUAUGUAUCUUUCAGCAGACCACUUCAUGUACGCGGACGACAGCUAUUCCAGCACAGUAACUGGCUUUCAGCCAGACUAUGAACGCCACAAUUUCUUCAUCAUAAUGGAGCGCAAAUUAGGUGUACCUCUAGAAGUCAAUGCAGCUGUCAUGGUCUCACUCUUAAUUGAAGCGGAUGAGGACAUUGACAUUCUGAAGGACAUUCCGACCUUCUAUGCGCCACUCUUCACGUCGGCCAGCUCAGCUAUUAUUAACAAAGAACUAGCUUCGGAGCUCAAGCUGGCACUAAAUCUACCUUCAAUUGGAUGCUAUACGGGCAUUGGUUUUCUGUGCUUGGGCUGCAUCCUUUUGGCGGUGGCCAGUUUCCUCACUCUCAAGCGCAAGUGGUAUGGACAGGCAGCCACUGAUAGGUUGGCGCUCAUCAACUCAGAUGCGCAAGCCACAAAUGACUCAAUUAAAGCUGAGGAGUUAAAGAGCAAUUAAAAUAAAGCUAAAGAGUCUUGGUUUCUUUUAAAACAAAAAAUAUAUAUCAAACGUG